CUCUCUCUCCUCCUGCAGAUGACCGAGGGCAGACUUUGUCAAGUGCAGCUGCUGGACGACAGGAAGCUUGAGCUGCUGGUUCAGCCUAAGCUGCUGUCCUACGAGCUCCUCGACUUGGUGACCUCCCACUUCAACCUCAAAGAGAAGGAAUUCUUUGGACUCGCAUAUUCCGAUGACAAUGGUCAGCGGAAGUGGCUGCAGAUGGACCGCAGGGUUCAUGAACAUGACUUCUCCAAGAAGCCCGGGCCCAUCACCCUCAGCUUCCUGGUCAGGUUCUAUGUAGAAAACAUAACGCUGCUUAAGGACAUCAUCACGGUGGAGUUGUUCUUCCUGAACGCAAAAUCUGCUGUCUACAAUGGGAUCAUCGAAGUGGAAAGUGAAAACGUCUUCAAAUUAGCCGCGAAUGCUUUGCAGGAGGCGAAGGGAGACUACACAAGUGACGAAAACACUCGAGCGGACUUGAAGAAACUCCCAACCCUUCCCACCAAAGUACUUAAGGAACAUCCAUCUCUUGCAUACUGUGAGGAUCGAGUGAUUGAAUAUUAUAAACAGCGGAAAGGGGUCUCCAGAGGACAGGCCAUUGUGCAGUAUCUGACAUUAGUGGAAUCACUGCCCACGUACGGCGUGCACUAUUAUGAAGUUAAGGAUAAACAAGGGAUGCCCUGGUGGCUUGGAAUCAGCUAUAAAGGCAUCGGCCAGUACGACCUGCAGGACAGAUUAAAACCUCGAAAGCUCUACCAGUGGAAGCAGCUGGAAAACCUGUACUUCCGAGAGAAAAAGUUUGCCGUGGAAGUUAACGAUCCUCACAGGAGAGCUGUAACCAAGCGCACUUUCGGGCAGACAGGCCUUAUCAUCCACACGUGGUAUGCCAGCCACUCUCUGAUCAAAACCAUCUGGGUCAUGGCUAUUAGCCAGCACCAGUUCUACCUGGAUAGAAAGCAAAGUAAAGGAAAAUUAGUAGCAGCAAGGAGCUUGGACGAAAUUGCCAUGGAUCUCACGGACCACGGAGGACCAAAGAUAAACAGACUGGCAGACGCAAGCCUGAAGAAUAACUUAAUAACAUCCAGCAAUGGGAGCCUGGUCUCUACAGGAUCCGGAGACUCUGAGAUGAGUGAGGAGCAGAAGAAAGAGAAGCUGUCUGAGCUGAGAAAAAAAGAGCAGGACAUCCAAGACAUCUUGGCCAAGAAAACAAAGGAACUGAAAAAGAUUUGUCUGCGAGAGGCGGAGCUCACUGGCAAGCUGCCGCUGGACUAUCCCCUCUCCUCAGGUGAGAGGCCGCCGCAGGUCAGACGGCGAGUUGGCACCGCUUUCAAGCUGGAUGACCUGUUCCCCUACAACGAGGAUCCUUUCCUUAGGAACCUGGAGAGCAGAUUCGCGCUACAGCAAAAGAUUGUGGAGGCAGCCAAAAAACUUGCAAAUGAGUCAGACUUGUGCAAAACAGUGAAAAAGAAGAGGAGAAGAAACUGUCUGGACGCCAUGCACCGGCUCCAGCUGAUAGAGGACGAGAUGAACCAGUACAGGAUCAAGAAGGGGAAGAAGCCCACGCAGCGGGCCUCCGUCAUCAUCGCAGAUGAACUCAUCCGUUCAGACUGCAGCUCCCUGUCGAGUCUCCCACUGGAUGAUGAUGAUUCAGACGGCGUCAAUCAGAGGCCGCGGUCACGGUCGGUCCAAGGCUCCCCUCAGCUCAGUCCCAUGCGCUCGCUGGGGGCGGACUAUGAUCUGGAUCGACAGGGAUGUCCGAGGGAAAAUCACAAGAACAGCAAGAACCACAGCAGAUUAGCUUUUGAAGGCCAGUCGGGUUCCCACUACUACCAGAAUCCAAGAGAGGUCUCCUCCACUCACAGUAGUCCCUGUAAAACCCUUCCCAGACCUUCCAGAGAUCCACGCAGCAUGCCUCCUACCCCGGUUAUGACCCGCAAUGCCUACAGCAGCAGCCAGCUCAGGUCGGAGGGGUCUCCUCAUGGCUUCAGGCAGCGCAGCGGGAGUCUGGAGUCGCAGCCCCGACUAAGAAAAGACACCGACUCCGAGAAGCCGGUGUUCAUAUUGUCCCACCGCAGCAACAGCACAGAGGUGUUGGAGGACUUCUCCUCCUACACCAGUCAGUCCAGCCUGGACUACUGCGGGCCGGCCAACUCCCACUACAGUACACUGGACUCCCGCACCUCCACCAUGCAUCGUCUCCACAGGAAGGUGGAGGUGUACGGAAACACCGGGAGCAUGCCCAACUUGGUGCAGCACCAUGCCGGCUGCAGUUACUCCUGUGACACCCCAUCCCACUAUGCCCAGAGUCCCUACUACGUCACUGACUACGCCUGCUCGGACAUUGAGCCGUACUCUAACGGUGCGUACGUGUAUGAGGACGAAGUCGAGGGCCACUACAACGUCAACCCUUCCUACCAAACGAAUGGGUACCACGGACAUGACAGAUUCAGGCAUUACAGCAGUGACCGGGCAGAUGGUCUAUCCCAGAAUCCCUAUGCCACAAUGAGGCCGCCGCGGAACAGGGACGGCCCCAGGAAUGAGCUCCUGGCCAAGAACAUGCAGAAGGCCCUGGUGGCGGAGCAUCUGAAAGGCUGGUACCAUCGCAGCAGGGUCCCCAGGGAGGGAGGGAGAGGGCCGCUCACCGGGUACGAUUUCGACAGCGGCUCCCAGCUCAGCCUGGGCUACCAGACCAUGCCAGCGGGCUUCAGCCACUCCAGCAGAACCACGUCCUUCUCCUCAGUGUCCUCAGCGGAGAGCGCGGGCAACUGGCGCAAUCAGCUGGCAGUGGGCCUGACGGAGUACGACUCGCCCGUCACACCUCAGUACCCUCAGCCCGGAGGCCACGCCUCGCCCUACAACCGCAGUCCGGCACACAGCAGAUUUUACCUGGAUGGAGGCUACAUGAGCAUCCGCCCAGGGCCAGCAGCACGUGAAGGGGAUCAAGUUGGAACACGGGAUGCACACACAAACGUUUCUGGCUGCCACAACUCUCGUCUCAGGGGGUGUUACAUCCGUGGCAGCCCGCGUGUGCACCUGUCCUCAUGUUUAAAGUAAACUCUGAACACAGGGAUGAGACUCUUGAAUGACUUUCCCAUGUGCCUUGGAUUGGAUGAAUUGUACAGGUAGAUCAGAAUUGUGUCGAGAAACUUUAAGGUGUUGCACAGACGCACUGGAUUCAAACGCUAUUGUGUAUCAAAGAUGGUGAAAUAAGAGGCAACAUGUGUUUUUUUUUUUAUCCCGAUCCAAAUUGAAAACAAAGCUUGAGCAGUUUUUUGAUCGUCAUUGGAGCUGAACUGUGUAUUGGAUAAAUUUCCCAUUUCUUCCUUUCUUUUAACAUUGAAUGAGAACGUAUCAUGUCAAUAUUGUUUAUAGAAACCAUUUGUUCACGUUGGUGCCGUAGUGUUUUAAGAUGCAUGGUGAGAACAUAGAUCUUUUGAUAAGAACUUCUUUUUUUUAUGAUAACAGAAGACCACUGCCGUGAACACCAUGUCCAUGACUCCUUAUCCUCCUUUUCUCACAUAUUUGUACAGUCACCGUGUGUAGUGAUAUGUCGUUAGAUGUUGUCAUUAAAUAUUUUCCACUGGGAACACAGAUGUGAAUAAAUACAUGUAUGACACAGA